AUUAAAUCUGGGUGAGAAAAUGGCAGACGAGAGAUGAACUUGUGCAUAUAUUUGGCUAAACUACCGUUUUGACAGAUGCCACGGAUUUUAGGAUAUACUUUCAUCAUGACACCAUAAACAGGGUGCUAGGGAGAAGCUGCUGGGGCCCGUGCUGUCAGACUGAUGGCCAAGCCGUUUGAGUUCAGCUGGUGCAUCCCUGUACCUGAGGCCCUGCAGAAUGGAGAGACAUUCGACUGCUGGGAUGAGGAGUGUUCUACCCUUGAUCCCAAUGCAACAGUCAAGGUGGAUACCAAUGGCUUCUUCAUCUACUGGAAGAGUGAAGGCAGGGAGGGCCAAGUCUUGGAAUGUUCCCAAGUGAAUGACAUCCGCCUAGGGCUGGCUCCCAAGAUCAACGAUCCCAAACUGCUGCUAGAAAUUGAGCAGAAAGGCUCUGGUAACCUUGACUUUCGCACAGUGACAGUAUGCAGUGGCCUGGAUCUUGUCAACAUCAGCUAUACACCUAUGAUAGCACAGUCAGCAGAUAUAGCAAAGAUAUGGUUUGAAGGACUAAGACAGAUUACUCUCAACACAAAGGCUAACAAUGUGUGCCCCAUGACACAGCUCAAAAAGCACUGGAUGAAACUCUGCUUUAUGGUAAACCCAAGUGGCAACAUCCCAGUGCUUAGUAUAACCAGGACAUUUGCUUCAGGCAAAACACAAGAGAAGAUGAUUAUGCAAUGUUUGAAAGAGUUGAGUCUACCUUGUGGCAAGCUUGAUGAAAUUGAGCCGUCUGCAUUUACGUUUGACAAGUUCUAUGAGCUGUACCACAAGAUCUGUCCACGGAGUGAUAUAGAGGAACUCUUCAGAGAACUAUCACAGAAUAAACCUUUCCUUACUGUAAAUCAACUGAUAGAUUUUUUUAAUGAGCGACAGAGAGACCCCCGUCUCAAUGAAAUCCUGUUCCCUUUCUACAAUCAGAACCGAGUGAAUAACAUCAUAAAGACAUAUGAGCCAAAUGAAGAUAAUGGUGAAAAGGAGAUGAUGAGCUUGGACGGUUUCUGUCGGUAUCUAAUGUCGGAUGAGAAUGCGCCUGUGUUCCUCGACCGACUAGAUAUCUACCUAGAGAUGGACCAGCCAUUGGCUCACUACUUCAUCAACUCAUCCCACAACACAUACCUGACAGGUAGACAGUUUGGAGGCCGGUCAUCAGUCGAAAUGUAUCGCCAGGUGCUGCUUGCAGGGUGCAGGUGUGUGGAGCUCGACUGUUGGGAUGGCCCGAAAGAAGACCAGGAACCCAUCAUCACUCACGGCAAGGCCAUGUGUACAGACAUCCUCUUCAAGGACGUCAUUCAAGCAAUUAAAGAAACAGCUUUUGUAACAUCAGAAUAUCCAGUCAUCCUAUCCUUUGAGAACCAUUGCAGCAAACUCCAACAAUUCAAAAUGGCUAAAUACUGUGAGGAUAUUCUUGGAGAGUAUUUACUGAAAAAGCCCUUGGAUUCAGUCCCGCUGGAACCAGGCGUCCCACUGCCUCCACCAAACCAGCUGAAGAAGAAGAUCCUCAUCAAAAACAAGAGGCUGAAACCUGAAGUGGAGAAACGACAACUAGAAUUGUUCCAGAAAGGAUAUAUGGGCAUUAACGAAGACAUUGAAUCCGAGGACCCUGAGGUUGUUCCUGCCAAUGUUGAUGGAGAGGAGGGCCCCCCUCAACGUUGUAAUGCAGAAAAUUCCAGCUCCAGUAGUGAGUCCUCAUACCCUACACUUGACGACACACCGGCCCCUGCUCAGGCCAGCACGGAUCUGGACCCAACAGUGGCCAACACAGACACAGAUGCCCACCCAGAACUCCUGCCACCUGGGGAAGGGGAGAAGCCUGCUGAGGGAGCAGAAGCCGAAAAGAAGCCAGAACCCCUCCUGAAGACAGAUUCUGUUGGGACAAACAUGUCUGAUACUCCCACAGAGCCAGAACCCACAGAUGGGAAGAAGGCACCAGUCAGUAUGAAGAUCCCUUCUAAAAAGCCAUCAGUCAACGCUGGAACACAGCCAGAAGAUGGGGAUGUUGCAGGGACUCUGACAGCUGAUGAAGAGGCAGCAUUGAUGUCCUCGUACCACUACACAGGCGCCACCACCAACAUCCAUCCUUACCUCUCAGCCAUGGUCAACUACGCCCAGCCUGUCAAGUUUCAAGGUUUUGAGAUUGCAGAAGAGAGGAACAUACACUAUCAUAUGUCCUCUUUCAACGAAAACACUGGGCUUGGCUACCUAAAGACACAAGCCAUUGAGUUAGUAAAUUACAACAAGCGUCAGAUGAGUCGAAUCUACCCAAAAGGAGGUCGGGUUGAUUCCAGUAACUACAUGCCACAGAUUUUCUGGAAUGCAGGCUGUCAGAUGGUUUCGCUCAACUUCCAAACUUCAGACCUUGCAAUGCAGCUCAACCAGGGAAAGUUUGAGUACAAUGGCAACUGUGGUUAUCUCUUGAAGCCGGACUUCAUGAGACGACCUGACCGAACUUUUGACCCUUUUUCUGAGAGCCCAGUGGAUGGUGUGAUAGCUGCUCAUUGCUCAGUGCAGGUGAUCUCUGGCCAGUUUUUGUCUGACAAGAAGAUCGGUACCUAUGUGGAGGUGGACAUGUAUGGAUUACCCACAGACACAAUUCGCAGGGAGUUCCGAACACGUGUGAUCCCUAACAAUGGUCUCAACCCCGUCUAUAACGAGGAUCCUUUCGUCUUCAGAAAAGUAGUAUUACCAGAGUUAGCAGUAUUACGCAUUGCUGUAUAUGAAGAGACAGGCAAACUGAUAGGACAGAGGAUCCUGCCGUUAGAUGGGCUUCAAGCAGGUUAUAGACACAUCUCCUUACGUACUGAAGGAAACUUUCCUCUCUCACUGCCAACAGUUUUCUGCAGAAUCAUCCUUAAAACCUAUGUCCCAGAAGGAUUUGGAGAUUUUGUCAAUGCUUUGUCGGACCCCAUGGCCUAUGUUACUCUGGCUGAGAAGCGUGAGCAACAGAUGCGAGAUAUGGGCAUUGAUGAAAAAGACAUCAGUGAUGUGCCGGUGGUCCACAAGCCAGAACCUUCUUCCAAGCCUGUCAAGACUCCAGCUCCAUCGUCAAAUGGCCAGAUUCAGCCCAAUCCAACAACCCCUCAACCGACUAACAAGCCAGAUAAGAAAGCUGAUGAGGUGCUGUUUGACCCUGUGACCCGUGACCACCUGAUGCAGGACAAAUCCUUUUUCAAGUUGCUGAAGAAGCAGCAGAAGGACAUGGAGAUGCUGAAGAAGAAGUUCCAGAAGGAGCGUGUGUUGAUGCAAAAGCAGCAUUGUACUGUGGUGGACAAGCUUGUUGCAAGUCACGACAAGGAGAAGCUGGCUGCAGAGAAGAACCUUGAGAAGAAGCUCAAGAAGAAGGGGGAGAGUUCUUUGACUGAUUUGAAAAUGGCUACUGAAGACAAAGUGCAGAACCUUGUCACAGACCACAAAGCCAAGGUGAAGGAGCUGGUGGUGGACCAGACCAAGGAAUGGUCCGACAUGUGUCUGCGGCAGGUGGCGGAGGAGCAUGAGAUGAGGAAGGAGCACAUCACCCAGCAAAAUGACUUCCUCGUCAAACUCCUGGAGGAUGCACACCAUGACCAGCUUAAGGAGCUCGAGAGCAAACAAGAAAAGGAGAACAAGGAACUGAAGGCAAACCAAGCCAAGCAGUCAAUGGAGUCUUUCAAGAUGGUGCAAAAUGAUAGAUCAAUCAAAAACAAAGCAGAAAGAGAUAGGCGGAUACGAGAGCUUAACUCCAACAACAUGAAAAAGUUUAUUGAGGAGCGUAAACGCCUUGCAAUGAAACACUCACGCCAAGUUGAAGCUCUUAAGAAGAUCCAUACAGAACAGGUGGAGAAGCUGGUUAAAGACAAUGAAAAGUAUCUCGACAUAGCAGACAUGGCUCACGAAGAAGCAAGACUUGGCACAAAGCCUGAAACAGUUGUGUAGACAACCCAGGAGCAGACAACUGGUGGUCAUUGUAUCAUGUAGAUGUAUAUUUGUACUCAUCAUCACAUCAGAUGUAUAGAAUAUGUGAGGAAUAUUUUCACUUUUUACAAAGAUGACGUGAAAAUGUUCGGUAAAAUAUUGAGACUAGACUUAGCAUUUUUUUCAAAGUUGAUGAUAUGAAAUGGACAUGAUCGUUUUCCUCUCUUCCAGUUUUGGGUUGUUUCUGUGAUUUUCGUGUUGAGGAAAGUUAAUCUUUCCAAAUCAAAGUGAACAAAUCUCAUCUCUGUGUUCAGCUGUUUCGUGAAUCUGGUGAAUUGCUUUGACUGAUUGUUUUGUACUCAAACCAUGGCCACACUCUCCACAACCACUUACCUUCCCUUAGUACCUUUCUGGGGGUCUUUAGCUGUCAUGGUCCAAGCUUUCACUCAGGAACACUGUCUAUCCGACUUGACUCUGGACCAGAAUGUUCUCAAGGUCAUCAUCGUAUGAUGAGUAGGCAAAGCCCAUGCCACUCCUUUGAUCGUUAGGUUUCUUAAGACGUAGCUCAUCUCAACAAUACGGAUAUAGUUUCUCAGUGGCUGUUUACACAGCUCAUAACCAAAUAUUUAUACCGGAUUUCUUUAAAAUAUUUAUUUGCAUUGUUUGUAUUUCUUGCCGUUUGAUAACAUUUAUGUUAUUACACAAUGUGUCCUGUGAUUAUUUUUUAGUUUCUGGUUAAUACUGUAUUUAUUGAAACGUUUAGUGUGUGCUUUUCUCACCAUCACUUUGCAAGGAAACCACUGAAUCGCUAUACAGAUCUGGAGUGUAAACAUGAUUAGCUGCUACUACUGUGAUGGACUGUAGGGAGGAAGGUCAUGAAGAGAAACAAAACAGUGUAGUGUUUUGGAUUAGGUGGAUAUUUGAUGCCAUGCUGUCGCAGAUCAAGAAAUCUUGAAGUCUUCAAGACUGAACAAAUGUGUGUUAUAUUGUUUGUAUUCACCAGUCAGUAUAAUGUCUUGUCAGGAGUCAGCGUUCACUCUAACUUCAGUACCUUCUGUCAUAAUGGACCCAUAAUACUGUCAAUACAUUCUAGAUAGUGUUAAGAUUAACAGGAUUGUCUGGUUGUGACUUGAUGUAGGAUGCAGGUCAUAAUAUCAGUCAAAGUUUUAUUAAGAGUUUGGUCAUUUAUAAAUAGACAAAAACUCGAAAACUCUGCUGAUCUACUGAUAAUGUCAUACUUGAUUUUCACAACAACAGAAAUUGUUUGGGUUUUUAAGUAAAGCCAGGUUAUCCAACUUUCUGACAGAUAAGUUAUGCUCCACCCCACAGUCAAAUAGAGUGCAGUUCAACAGAUUUAUCAGUUUUCAACCAGGAAAUAAAAUAUUGUAUUCUGUACAGGUAGAAGCUUCAGAAGGGUUUCCCUUGUAUUGUGAGUGAGGUAGAUGUUGAGCAUUGUGAAUAUGAUGGAGCAGGUGGAGCUUGAGUUGAUGUAGUAGGAGUUAGCUGUCAGCAGUUGUGAUGUCAGAAGCUGAAACUAGCUUUAACAGCACCCACAGUUACCAUGCUACAUUUUAAGGGUGCUUCAUGUGCAUAAAUGGGGAUAUGAUCUCAAAAUUUUUAUUUGAUGUACAUUAGCAGCAUUUUUAAAUGAUGUGUAGAUCUGAAUUUCUUCGACUUUUAUUAAUUGUAUUUUAGUUUUCCUGCCAUAUCUUUUAUGCUGUGACAAAAACAGUCUGUGCCAAUAACAACCGAGAUAUAGUGGGUUGAGUUUAACACCAUGCUUGAGUUGUAUUGCAGCAUGUCAGCUGAACGUGGAUAGAAAAUGAUAGCAAUCAUGGAUAUUUACCACUUUGGUGAAACCCACGAGUACGAAUACCUAUGUUGCUCGCAGAUCAAGAAACAUAACUGGGGCAACAAAUAAAAAUACCAAAUAUCAAAAACAUAUUGCAUAGCAAAGGAACAGAAGUCGACACAGCAAGUGAAGGCGCCUUAUAGACAAUCUGUGCUACUUCUGUAGGUCUGGUUUAUAACAUUAAGAGUGACCAUUGUGUUGAGGAGUAAAAUUUGUUGAAAAGAUUUUGAGAACAAGGCGGAAAGCUGUGCCCUGUUCAGCCCAAUUAUGAUCCUUGUCUGAAAGCCUGCCUCUCAGUGGGAUUUCUUUGCACACCUAGUCAACAUGCUAUGAUAUGACCGAACUAUUGUUCAGUGACUCACUCACUCACUCUAUAAAAGAUGGAGGUUUAAAUUGGGCAUAAACUGAUAAGCCACAGGAUCUUUGGAGACACAACCAUAGCUAUGACAUCAAAUAGAUUCGUCACACCUUCAAAUAAUCAAAGUUUAUUGAUCAUUUAAGAAUUUUAUCAUGAUCACAUCGCUGAUGAAAUAAUUCAGAUAUGUUUGAACGACAAUCUUCCUGUAUAAUAGCACCUUGCUGUGUUCAUGCCUUGAUCAGAGUUGCUUACUUUCGUAAAUUACCAUAGUUUAAAAUGAUGUAGUUUCUAAAAACUGUGAUUCAUUUUGUAUGAUCUGACAGAUUCAGUUCUUUCUGAAAUCCUAACUUUGCUUUGUUUUUUAACAAAUAGUUUUAAUGGCUUGUUAAGUCAUAAUUCAAACUUACAGUUGUACACACAUUUACCUUGUUUCACACCAGUUAUAUCUUACGUUUUGUUUUAGAUAAGCAAUACUUGUUGUUGUUAAGACAUUUUAUAUUACGUUUACUGUUAUGUCACAGAUUCCGUAUAUGAUUUUAUUGUGCAGUUACCUUCCCUUGAUGUACACAUGCUGUUUUCAUUGUGUAACUUUGAUAUUGCUGGUUUUGUCCUUCAGAGACAGACAUUAAAUUCUCAUUAGUGGACUCUAAGAUUUAAUAUACUUUCUUUACCGUUUAAAACGACAAAUAAUUAUUCAGAUUUUUCAAAUUCUUGCCUAAUUUUCUUUUUUAUAAAAUAUAGUAGCUCUUUCUGGAACCAAAAUGAGGCUGAUCUAUAACCUUGGUAAAUUUGCUCAAAUUCGUUGUGUCUUACCUAAUGGUAUUUACAAAGCUCUUAUUGGCACUGUACUGUUCGCCUUUCCUCCCUUUCUUUCUGUUAGCCAGGAGUGGGGACAGUUUUCUGUCACGAAGGCAGUGAAAUACAUGGAAUAGAAUCAAUUUAGUGCAUAUAUGUGUUCCUGUAUAUAUAAGUGCAUAAAUAUGUACAAUACAAUGAGGAAGAAUGAAUACAUCAAAUCUGUAAUAAACAAAACAUGAAUCAGUCAUAAUAUUCAUUGAAGUCCUUCAAAUAACACCCUACUCUUAAGGUUACUCAUGAUGCCCUAUAGAAAUAAAAGUUACUCAAAUUUCGCAAUACAGACCUAGACAUUGGUAAUAUGCUUCCUUUCUGAGCACUGAAUCAAUGCGUCUGUAGCAAGGGUUCAGGAUUUUACAACCAAAGUGAGUUGUAUGAUGCAAUAAUCCUGUAACCACUAAUAUCAGAACAUAUUGCUAAAUCAGUUUUAGUUGUAAAUAUUGUCUUCAGUGAAAUGAUUUUGUGUCAUAGCGUUUGUUCAGACUGGCUUGGCUCAUCAAAUGCUAUGAGAUCCUAAUGACUACAUAUGAAACGAUAUGACAUCAUAAUGACUACAUGAUGGCUUGACACAUCAAACGGUAUGAUGUCAUAAUGACUAGAUGAUGGCUAGACACGUCAAACAGUAUGACAUCAUAAUGAUGACAGGAUGGCUAGACACAUCAAACGAUAUGACAUAAUGACUACUGGAUGGCUAGUCACAUCAGACAGUAUGACAUGAUAAUGACUACAGAAUGGAAAGACAUGAAACGGUAUGACAUGAUAAUGACUACAGAAUGGCAAAACACAUGAAACGGUAUGACAUCAUAAUGAUGACAGGAUGGCUAGACACGUUAAAUGGUAUGAUAUAAUGACUGUACAUUAUGGUAGAUACAUCAAACACUAUGACUACAAGCAGAUUAGACAGACAGCGGUAUGACAUUAUAAUGACUGUUUAGGCUGACUAGACAGACCAAGUGAUGUAACAUCAUAAUUACUAUAUAUGCUGGCUAGACACGUCAAACAAUAUUAUAACAUAACAUUUGUACAAGCCAGCCAGUGACCUCAAAUUGUAUUAUGGUACAGAUCUCUUAUUGUUGUAUACGUUGGCCUCAUUUUGGUUGUUUGGUUCCUAGUAAUUUCUUCUCUGUUAGUACAACUGACUUUGCCACUCUGGUUUUUACACCCCAAUUGUUGUAUAUGUUUCUGAUCAUAUUUAUAAACCAUAUUGGACAUUACUGUUUCGCUGGUCGGUCAGGACUCUAGGAUUAUGUUCCAGAUAGUUCGUCUAAGUCCAUAGCAUCUCCAGCAAUUGCCCCAAUGGCAGAUGUUUGACAUGUGUGCAUGAUUGAUACAGAAUUGCCAGGAAUUUCAAACUUUAUGGUUUUUGAUUUAUCCUAGCUGAAGAAAUUUGACAUGGUUAUUUGUAUACUAUAAAGGAACACCACCCAGAGUUUAUUUAGACUUGAGGAGUGUGUUUGUAUUAUAAACAUAUCCUCGAUACUAUUACAUCCUUGAGUAAUUUAUUCAGAUUUUGAGUUCUGUAAUGAUGGUAAAUUAUUGGUUCAUAUUCUUGUUGAUCGGUGUUAUAUUUGAGCGUUAUUGUUUUUGAACAUGAGAUACUUAAAGAUACUGGUUUCCUACUUGUCGGUAUGUAAUUAUGUUACGAGUUUUUUCACAUUUGAAGGUAUUUGCUUUAAUAUGUGUUAUGUUAGUAGCAGCUACUUGUUGUAAAUGUUAUUGAAUUUAUGGAAAUAAUUUCAAUUGAUUUCAUCCAUUGUGUAAGUAUGAAUACGCAGAAAAUGUAAUUAUUGAUUAACCAUUGACUUGAAGCUUGUAUCAAUUCUGUGUUGUCUUCCAAGACGUAGUCGUUUUGCAUUUUAUAGUGUAUGUAUAUUAGAUGGUCUACCAUUCUCUUCUUUCAUUAACACAGAAAAUAAACUCAUUCAUACCUUGGAUUGAGGCAAAAGUCCCGUGGUUUGAUUGGAACAGUUUCAUUUAGUAAUUAAUAUUGAGACUGUUAGUCUUGAAGGUGCUGUUUUCAGUGAAAUGUAUGGAAUAUGAAACUUCUGGAUUAAACAAUUAUGAACAUAUAGAUAUAAUCCUUUUGUAUAGAUUCUAAUAUAAUCUUCCUGAAUGUGAGGUUUCAGUAUAACAGGAAUUUUCCGUUUGCACAUGUAAUCAGACACAAGAUGUUAAGUGCUAGUUAUUGCUUAUGCAUUUAUAAAUGAUAAUUCCAUAAACAGUGUCAGAAUUGCUGGUGUAGUCAGAAAACAUUUCUAAAGCCUAUUUAACUAUGGCCGUGGAACAAUGAAUCUGAACUACAAUUCAGUGUGUGCAUACUUUUUUUCUUGUAUGUAGAAUCAGGCUGUGCAAUAUUCAUUAAAACUCAAUACUUACCUUUAUUAAAUAUUUUCCUUCAGCUGCAUCAAAUUGAUUUCUUUGCUACUGAAGAAUGCAUAUGGAGAUUCAGAAGUGGCAAGAUAUUUGUCUUUGCUUGUGUGUGUUCACAAUCUGCUUUUGCAGACCACAGUCAUGGAUAUAGGAACAGGAUUUCAUUUGGGUUCUCACUCUAAUGUACAUAAGAACUUCAGCCUUUACAUGACUUGGGGUUAAUGGGGAUAUUGUAUUAUGUUGAUUUUUGUAGGUAAUCAUAUAUUUUCAAACAAGGCCAGCAUUGAUUAUUGAGAUGAAUGGUUCAGUAGAUGAUGUCAGCCGUGUCCUUUCUAAAUACUCUCCAUGGUGAUUGAAUACUAUUAUGCUGAUUGGACAGCUUUGUAGAUGUGUUUUUCAAAAUAAAAUUACAAAAUAGAUGGCAUCCAUCAUGCCAAUACUCACAAGGUGUUAAGAAUUUUCAUUUAAUGAACCAGGAAAUAAAGGGUCACAAAUUGGAAUUCGUUUCAAGGGAUGUGUGAUUACAUCCUUUGUUAUACAGUAGGUAAACUGACUAAUUUACACAAUGUCCUUACUGUCUGCCUUAACUAUAGGUCUUCCUUCUCAUCCAAAGCAGUGUGUCACAGGUAUCUAAGUUAUGUGAGGCACACUCCUGUUAGUGUUGUCCUACUUGAGGGUUUGAAUGGAUUUGAAUUCCAGAUUUGCCUUGAUUAUGAUACUUGCUUUCUCCAUACCACACCUGUGCUGCUUGCUUUCUCCAAGGAGAUAACUCUCUAAGACUUGCAUCAUUUCCAACUUCUCUCCCACAUCUAAGUGAAUAUUUGUUCAAAGCCAUGUUUAAUCCACCUUACAAUGUUGCUCAUCCCAAACAGGUUGCUAGCAAAGACCUUAAUCUAUUUCACUGUGGUCAUUUGGAAGGUGGGUGCACAAUGUUUAGUUACACCAAUUGUGUCAUCCCAGUUCCAUAGAAACUACAAUGUGGCUUUCUAAUGUGAUCCUUUUCUCCAAAGCAUUCAUUCAGCUUGAAAUGUCAUUACUGCAACUCACUUCAUUAUAAAAAUGUGUAAUAUGAGAUUUUAUGGAAAUUUUUAGUUCUGUUUAAUAAACUGUUUAAAUCGUU